UUGUAAAAAUUCCUAAUCUCCUUCUCUCCUAACAGCCAUGAUAACUCUCUUUUCGUUUUGAUUUUAAGCAUCAUGUCCGAAAUCGCCGCCAUUCCAGCUCCUGAUACCUCUCCCGAGAAAGCUAUCCCUGUACCUGCCCCACCAUCACCUCCCUCUAUCAAAACCCUCAAAUCUUGGGCACCCCUCUACCUCAAGAAAACCGAUGCCACUAUCUCCCAACUAUCAAAGAUCCUCUCCACACCUUCCGGCACAGAUACUCUCCUCCUAACACUCGGCUAUGGAUCACUCCUCACCUCAAACGUCCUUGCUCGGCUCAGUCUCUCUCGCAUACAGCGUCUCUCAAGACAGCUUAUCGAAAGUGCCAUUUCUCUUCCUCCAAACACGACUGUCAUAAUAGACACAUCUUCAAUACCUCCCUCACGCCUUCUGAUCACGAGUCAGCGGCUGAAAGCUCUGAGCGAUCUCAUCUCUGAUUUCCGCAUAUUCGCACGCUUGUGGGGCUUAUUGGGAAUAUGGAAAUGGGGAAAGAAAGUUCUGCUAGAUUUGCAAAAGGAAGGAGAUAAAGAUUGGACGGCGAAGAGGAUAGAGGCUGCACAAGUGAUUGUGAACCUUGCAUAUCAGUACCUAGAAAAUGGGGCAUAUUUGUCGAGUAAGGGUGUUCUUGGGUGGAGUAAGGAACAGCAAGGAAAGGCUUGGCUUUGGAGCUCAAGGUUCUGGGUGAUGCAUGUCGGAUUAGACUUCUGGCGGUUAGGAAGAGAAUGGACUAUGAGACGGAACAAGGGUAAAGGAAAGGAAGUAGACCAUGGAGUGAUUAGCCAGAGUGAGCAGGAGUGGAAAGCGAGAUGGAGAAGAGAGAUGGUGCUCAAUAUGGCUUGGGCACCUUUGACAGUUCACUGGAGUCUAGAGCAGGGACUUGUGAGUGAUUUCUGGGUUGGAGUUCUGGGUACUGUCGCUGGUAUCACUGGUCUGAGGGAGCUGUGGAAGCAAAGUGGAUAGAUUUGGACGGUCUAGGAUCAGAGAUAUUGCUGGUGGGCACAAGGACCUUUGGAAUUGGAAUGGGAUGUACUUGAAGCGAAGGCGUCAUAGGAAGUGCAAGGCUUGAGCAAAGAAGAAAUAUUUGGAAAUCCAACGCAAUGUGUCAUUUGUAUCAAAAAUAUG